AUGGAUGAGAAGGAGAAUUGGAGAAUCCGCUUUCCACCUAGUGGGGAUGUUAGCGAAGACAGUGACUGCAGCAGUAGCGAAGAUGAAUAUGUACCACCGAAAAAGAUUAGAGACUAUGCCUUGUUGUCAGAAAGUUCAGAUGACGAAGCUGCUAGUCAGGAUAUAUCCAUUGACCAGGGAGGAGAAAGUGAUCAGGAAGCAAGAGGGUCAGGCGAGAUGUCAGUUUCUUCCGUGGUUGAAGUCGAGGUGUGUAUUGGAAUCAAUAUCCCACGUAGGAAGCCCGUAUGGAGGAUUGUACAGGAAAGUGACCCAGAAUCAGCACAAGAGCUGCCUGCAUGGAAAGGCCGUGAGUAUGAAUCGGAAACAGUGCGAGCACCAAUUGAAUAUUUCAAAUAUUUUUUUGACUCGGAUGUAAUGCACCAAAUAGUUGCGGAAACCAAUAUCUAUGCGAGCCAAAGCGAUCCCUCCAAACAACUAAACCUUACAAUUCCAGAAAUGGAGAAGUUUCUUGGUUGUGUCGUUUACAUGUCUAUUUUUCGUCUACCGAGAACACGUAUGUUUUGGGCUGUGGAAACAAAGGUUAACUGCGUUGCCGAUGUAAUGACCCGUGAUCGACGGGAAAGAAUAAAAAAGAUGCUCCAUUUCAAUAACAACGAUUUACUUCAUGGCGAUUCUGAUGUUCAACAAGAUCGAUUGUUUAAAAUCAGACCCCCGUUAGAAAUGCUUAAAGCAAAAUUCAAACCACUGCAUCAAGAGCAAGUUUUAUGUAUCGACGAGCAGAUGGUUCCGUUUACUGGGAGGUUGGGGCUGAAACAAUAUCUUCCCAAAAAGCCCCACAAAUGGGGGUAUAAAAUCUUUAUGUUGUGUGGAACAGAUGGUUUGGUACACAACUUUGAAAUAUAUACAGGAAAGAUACAUCCUGUUUCUGGUUACCCUGAUCUCGGAGCUAGUGCUAACAUAGUCAUCAAACUGACCGAUAAUGUGGAGAAUGAUGUAAAUCACAUACUCUGUUUUGACAAUUGGUUUACGUCCAUACCUUUGAUGUCCGUUCUCGCCAAAAGGAAGAUCUAUUGUAUAUGGACGGCGAGACAAAAUAGGUUAUUGGGAUGCGAGCUGGAAUCUGACAAAGAUUUGAAAAAUAGAGGGAUGUUAUCAGGAAAAGACGUCAUGUGUUGA